AUGGAGCCGCUGCUGCAGCCGGGCCUCGGGCAGCACGGGUCCCCCGGCGGCAGCCCCGACAGCCGCCGCCCGCGCGGCAGCGGGGCGGGGAGCCCCCUGGCCGUGCGGGCCGUGCGGAGCGACCCGCGCGCUCCCACGGCCACCCGGCCGUCGAGCCCCGGGCGCGCGCCGGGCGGGGCCCGGAGCCCGAGCAGCGAGGGCGGCGCUGGUUCGCCUUCGACGCACGCGGUCGUGGAGGCGGCCCCGAGCCUGGGCGAGGAGCCAGCGAGCAUCGAGCUGACCGAAACCGACGACGAGGGCCACCCUGCCGCGGCGGCGCAGAGCCUGCCCCACGCCCUGAGGAGGGCCGUCGUGCGCGGCGCCGCGGCGGAGCUGAUCAGUGUCCUGGACGCGGAGAGCAUGGGAAGUCGUGGCUCGGUCGAGGCCCUCGACGACGGGCGCGCUACCAGACGCACGUCGUCUCUCAGGGAUCGGCUCGAAUCUGCUGUCUUCGACCCGGUCCGAGACCUGAAUCCACGGGAGCGCCAGGUGCUGAUCAUACGGUCGUUCCGGCAUCUGCCCGCGGAGGAGGUCAAAGCGGUGGCACAGAGCAUCGGCGAGAAGGCCCACAGAGCGAUCCUCUCCAGCGUGUUCGAGGACGUGAACCUCGCAGAGCUGAAGCACUGCGCCGAGCUCCUGAGCUACGUGUCUCGGGGCCCGUGCGGCGCCCAGUCUCCUCUGAAGGCCUUCGCGGCGGGCCUUGACGGCGAGGCCGCUGCGGAGCUCUGCAAGAAUCUCCUCCACCGCUUGAGCUGGGAGGAGGUCUCGUCGACGGUGGCAUCCUUAGAGAUGGGAGCGAGGAGGAGCAUCUCCAAGCGCGUGCUCUGCCAAGAGUCUGACGGCGUCGCCGUCCAGACGGACGAGUCCUUCGCUCGCAGGUCCAGCUCCUGCAGGUCCAGCUCCCUCCUUCCACAGUCCCAGAGGCCCACCGUCGCGUCGUCGCUCGCGACCAUUGGCCCAGCCGCCGCCGAGUGCGUGGCCGUGCAGACGGACGCACCGCACUGGGCACCCGGUCCUGGCAGCGCGGCCGCAGCGCCGCAGGCUGCCGCCGCGCCGGAGCACGGCAGCAGCGCCUCGAGGCGCCGCGAGGAAGCGCCGGCGCCGCUGGCUACCCUGGAGCCCUUGGCCGCCGCCGAGGGCCUCGCCGGGCGCCUCUCGCAGGCGCACGCGCUGGACGCCGCUCUGCCGCCGCCCGCGGCCGGCGCCCGCGGGCCGGGGGCGGGCGCCCCGGAGCUGCCGACGCCGGCCUUCGGAGCCCGCGAGCCGCUGUCGCCCAGCUCGGGGCCGGAGCCCUGUGUCGGCUGCGGCACGCCUGGCAGCAGCCGCGGGAGACGCCGCGCGUCCAGCGCCAGUCGCGGGCGUGAGCCCACGCGGGAGGGCGCAGGGCGGACAAUUAGCUGCCCCGACCUCCAUCGGGACAGGUCUCCAGCCGGUUUCAACGCCCGCUCCGCGCGCGCCAGGGAGUUCGACCCAGUCGACGCGCUCGCGAUCCGCGGCCGUGUCUUCGACGCGUUCAGCUCCCAGCACCAGCCGCCAGAGGCCCGGACUUGCGCGCAGAGCUGUCAGACUGCCGUCUCGGUCGACGCCCAGGAGCUGGAGCUGCGGCUGCAGCUGCUCGAGCACGGCGCCGAGGCCGCGGCGGGCGAGGGCGCCGCGGGGGCCCACGCGCUGGCCGUGGAGCGCGAGCUGGCCGAGCUGGCCUGGAAGUUCCUGAGGCGGCCGAGGGGCUCCUGCUGGCAGGGCGUGCUCGGGGGCCUCGAGCGGCUGCACGGCGCCCUCCCGAGCUGCGGGGCCGCCGCCGCGGGCGGGAUCGGCGCCGACGGGCUCGAGGAGUCCUCCGCCGCCGGGCAGGGCCCGCACCAGCCCGUUCUGGGCAGCGAGGGGUCUGCGACGAACGAUGCGGCAGCCUCGAAGCCCUCCGCGGCCGCCGCGGCUGCCCCGGCGCCCGCGCCCGAUGCGGCACCUCCCAGUGGCGCGCCGCCCGAGCCAGCGAUGGCCGAGCCCCUCGUUGCUGGCAAGGCCCAGCCGCCAACUGCGGCCGAGGCCACCCCCGCGGAGGCGGCGCAGCCGCCGCCCGACCACGCGGCGGGAAUGGCACCUGCGGCGCCAGCUGAACGUGCCGGCUGCGCGGCGGACACGGGCGCACAUGCCGAGCUGGCAGCGGGCACCGUCGUGGCGGCGCCACUCGCGCGUGCUGAGCCAGCGGCUCCCAUUUCCAGCAUCGCGGCUGCGCCCACCGAGCAGGACGAGGACUCUGGCCUGGCAUGCUGCCUUCCUCAGGUUGUGCCAGUGGAGGCCGAGACGUUCGGCCAUGCCGUGACGACUCCGCUGGAGACAUCAGUAACGGCUUUGACAGGAGCCAGGCCAGUGGCAGCCGCAUCGGCAGCCCCCGGCGGCGGCGGUCCUGCCAGCGUAGCCCACGGAGAGUCCGAGAUCAUCGGCUCAGCUUCCGCCACGGCCGCACUCGCUCAGCCAGCGCAGGACGCCCUGCGGGCGGUUCUGGGCGACAUGCCGCCAGGCUGGGACAUGAGGCAGCCAGGUGCGCUCCCGCAGCGAGAGAGUCCAGUUCACAGCCCACAGAGCCGCAGGUCGCCGAAGGCUUGGCUCACGGAGUGCGCCGACCUCGUCCUGGCUUCCGAAUCGAAGCUGGUAGAGCCACCGCAGGAGAAAGGGCACUCUGCGGGAGGACCGCUGCCCGACCUGUGGUCCGUCCUGCCCCGCCCGCCCUCGGAGGAGACGUCGGCGGCGCCACGGGCCUCCAGGCCGUCGAAGCUGGCCAACGUGGCCCUCGAUCUGACGGGGCCGGCGCGUGGGCCGGGACUGGAGCAGCUGCCUUCGGCGGCGAGGGCCGCGGCGGCCGAGCUGCCGUCGCUGGCUCAGAGGGCGGAGGCCCCCGAGGUGAGGCAGCGCGUGGCGAGCCCGCCGCCGCGCGCCGCCCGGCAGCUCCUGCCAGCGCACCCCGCGGGCGCGCGGAGGCAGGCCAGGACGUCUUUGGCGAGGUCCCCUGCGGCUGGCCCGCGGGACGGCGACGGGCCCCACGGGGCGGAGCAGGCGCACACCCUCGCGGCCCUCACGGGGCUGCACGAGCAGACGGCGGGCCACGGCGGCCCGCUCGGCGGCUCGCUCGGCGGCUC